UGGAAAAAUUAUCUGAGCUUGGGAGACCGCUCAGUAAGAGUACAGUUGAACGGAUUAUAAAGAAACAUCAGUUGGUGUUGAGUGGAAGCCCACCGGAGACGCGUAAAUUGCCUGCGCAGAACAAGCCUACAGUAUGCAUUCCGAAGAUCAUCCGCAAAGUGGAAAAAUUAAUAGAUUCUCCGAAUCCCCCGUCUAUUCGAGAGAUCGCCCGACGUUUACGAAUCUCUCAUGUAUCCGUGAAAAAAAUUUUGGUCAAGAAUCUGGAAGCGAAGUUGACGAAAAAGAAGAAGGUCCACGCGCUAUCGGCGACCCAAGCUGUACAACGGGCCCAUCGCGCCAAGACGUUUUUGAGACAGACUUCUACUACAAGCGCAAAAAUGUUGUCGUUCCUGAAAGUUGGCAAAAGCUGCCACGCAAAAACUGGCCCAAAAAAGUGAUGCUCGCGAUGGGGAUCUCUUGGCGCGGUCAAACCGCAAUGUACGUCGUUCCCCCUGAGACCAAAGUUGAUCACAAGGUAUUUAUCGACCUCGUCCUGAAGCCAAUGAUCCGAAAAGACGUACCGCGGCUAUACGGAUCGGACGCCAAGAAAGUGGUCCUGCACAUGGACAGUGCCCCUUCCCAUGUGGCCAAAGAAACUGUCCAGUGGCUGAAAGCAGAGAAAGUGAAGUACAUUCCGAAAGAAGAAUGGCUGGCGAAUUCCCAGAUGCUGCGCCGAUGGACUACGCGGUCAACUCGAUUUUAA